AUGCCGCCACAGGGAGGCCUGCAGCGUGUAGAGAAGUGUCUCCUGCAGCCGUCUCUGCUGAUGAAGCGCGCCUGCGGGCUCGGCGCGGCCUCCCGCGACAAGGCCUGCCCGCGGCCCGCCGCGCCCGAACUCAAGGAGGCCUACCGGUUACUUGCUCGUGUAGAGAAGUGUCUCCUGCAGCCGUCUCUGCUGAUGAAGCGCGCCGGCGGGCUCUGCGCGGCCUCCCGCGACAAGGCCUGCCCGCGGCCCGCCGCGCCCGAACUCAAGGAGGCCUACAGACAAUUCCAAGUGGCGAACUACAAGUGCCUCUGCGCAGCCAUAUUGAUCAUGCGGCCGGAGGCGAAGUUCUAUCAGUUUCUGUUCAGCCGCAACGUAUGGGAGAAGCUGUUCGAUUGUGAACAACAGUGGAAGCUGCCUUUGAAGAUGACUUGGUCGCAGCAAAAGACCAUCCACACAGUGGUCGACAGUCCUACCAGUCGGACUAGCGCUACUAGUGCCAGUAGAACUACCAGAACUAGGAUGUUUCUGAGGACGUUAUCCGAAAACCCACUGCAGUUCGAUCUGAUGGAUACUGAUGAGGAGCCUCCGGAAAACUCCCACGAAAUCGAACUAGUGGACAAUGAGUUGAACUCCCAAGAGUGUGCGGACACUGUGAUGGGUCUACUACAACACGCGAGCUCUCUGCACCAUACUGGAUGGGUGACCGCGCUCGCUGAAGGAUUAACAGGGAGCGCGCCGCUGGCUCAGUGGCACACGCUAACACUAGUGACUCAUCCCGAGACUGAUGACACACCCUAA